AUGGCAUCACCUUUACAGAAAGCUCAAAUGCAUGAUGACCAAGUGCAUGGAUCUCGCAAAGUGAAAGUCACUAUUUUGGCAUCUGAAUGGGGACCAAGUAAUGGGGGGCUUUCUACCAUUAACAGAGAAUUAGCCAUUCAGUUAGCCAAGUUCUCUGACCUGGAAAUAACCUUCUUUUUACCAAAAUGCAGUCAAGAGGACAAAAACAUGGCCCUUGACCACAAAGUAAAGAUCGUAGAGGCAACGCCACUUUCUUGUGUUGAACAGCUUGAUUGGCUUUUCUUUCCACCAGACGAUUUGGAAAUCGACAUAGUUGUUGGUCAUGGAGUUAAACUUGGUAAACAAGCGCAGGUUAUUAAGAAAUCUAAAACGUGCAAAUGGGUUCAAGUGGUGCACACAGACCCUGAGGAAAUUGGGAUGUUUAAAAACUAUUCCCGCCCAAUUUCAAAAGGUGAAGAAAAGCACAAGGACGAAGUAGAACUGUGUGAAAAGGCUGAUCAUGUUGUAGGAGUUGGACCCAAGUUGAGCGAGGCCUUUCGCUCAUAUCUUUCUGGUUGUCAUAAAGAUGAUUAUGUCUCUGAACUCACUCCUGGAGUAUUUGAAGAGUUUCAGACUGUAAAGCAAGUCAGCCGAAGCGAUAGGCAACAACACAGAGUCAUGGUGUUUGGUCGUGGAGACGUAGAAGAUUUUGAAUUAGACGGAUUUGACAUCGCUGGGAAAGCGAUUGCUGCAUUACAAGAUACUCGUCUUGUUUUUGUUGGGGCACCGGAUGGAAAACACGAAGACAUUGCGAAGCGGUUAAUGGAGUAUGGUGUUCCUGCAAGUCGAUUGAAUGUAAAAGGAUUUGUUCGAGACCGAGAGAGUUUAAAGCGCUUAUUGCAACAAGCGGAUCUUGUAGUCAUGCCUUCAAGAACAGAGGGAUUUGGUUUAGCAGGACUCGAGGCAAUGUCAGCUGGUCUCCCUGUGCUUGUCAGUCGCAACUGUGGCUUUGGAGAAGCACUGCACAGUGCAGCUUUUGGUUCAGCAUUUGUGAUUGAGUCAGAGGACCCCAAAGUGUGGACUGCAGCUAUUCAAAAGAUCUGGAACAAGGACAGGGAAUGUCGACUUGAGGAAGCGGUGAACUUGCGUGAUUCCUAUGGCAGGAAAUACAACUGGGCCAGACAGAUAAAGGAGUUAGUUGACAAGAUGAUCAGCCUGACUCAUGGUAGGAAUAUAUACUAUAUUUUUCUUCAGUGGCACAUUACAGUACCGUAGCAUGGGGAGGGGGGCCCCCAAUAAUUUUGACAGGCACAUUUAAUUUGGUCAACGGCCAAUCUCUUCUCGCUGCUCUUCGGUUCGGUAAAGCGUGAAAGUUAUUUGUUUAUGGCUUCAAAAGUUAAAAAUUGCUGGAAAUUAAUGCUCUCGGAAGGCUGAAAAUGCUAUUUCAGAGACCCUAUAUAUUUUAAAAUCUUCCGGGGGAGCGUGCCCCCGGAAGAUGCCCACGGACCCCCCAGCAUGUAGCAACUCAAGCCUUCGGCACUCGUGAUUGGCCCCCCCAAUAAAUCUAACUUUGCUACAUUAUCAGGUAACAAUAGAGAGAAAACUGAAAGAAACAAAAAUAGGAUCGCUUACAAGUUUUGCCCUGGAGUCUUGGUAAAAAUGUUCGCGGAUACCUAUCUGAACAUUAUGCUGAAAAUAUCAAAACUGUAACGUUUGUAAUUUCUUCACGUACAUUGUUUUCAGCAGAAUGGUCUGUGGAGAGCGGUAGUCAUACCCUUCGGAUAUAGUCUUUAUCUGCAGCACUUCUCAUGAUUAUAGUUAUACACACAUAAUCCCUGUAAUAGCAUGUUUUCUCCAUUUUGUUGCAACAGAAGAUUCCCCAAAGGCCCGGAGCUCCUUCGAAACAAAGUGCAACACUUCUCAGUGGAUGGAGAGCAUGACUGACGACCAUGAAGGUAUCUUCGUAGACAGCACACGUAGAAAUCAUUUCUCUCUAUUUUUAACCAAGUGUGAGAAGUGGGGGGGGGGGGGCGAGAGCAAGCAAAAAAUAGAGACGUGGAGAGAAAUAAAACGCCAGCCGCUGAGCUUCUAUCCCAGGAAUACACAACCAUACACCUGUCUUUUUGAAAACCAGGUUAGAAACAAUUUCAACUCAUUCUACUACUUGCCAGUUUAAAACAAUAAAACUCAUUCAAAGGCCGAUUGAAAGCCUUUAUCUGACGCCGGGCAGUAGGUUAAUGGUCCCUAGAAGCAUUCCGAUCCAACGAGUCCAAAUUUAAAAUGGCGCAAAUUUUAGAACAUUUAUUCAGUAAUCUGACUUCGUGGUUUUUCAAACCGGUGUCAUUUCAGUCUAGAAAUUUUUAAGUUGAGUGAACUGCAGCGAAAGAGUGCCUUAACUUACAUAACAUUUUAAAUAAUUGACAAAACACUACAUUGUACCUUUUCCGCGGUCCGAUAAACGAAAGAGUUUCGCAUGGAAUAGACAACAAACUGAAUGAAACAUAGCACACAAAUUAUCACCUUCUUAUCUGCGAAAACCGGCCUUAUAUGGUUCAACGCCAUUAGAGCCCGCCGAAACUAGACCUAGAUCCAAUUUUCCUGAGUCGCAGUUCAACCACGAGAUCACAUACCUGUAACACCAUGCGGAAAUCACACAAUCACACCUUCGCAGCACUGAUAUAAAGACUAUCCACAACCACGUAUAAUCUUCUCACGUUUAACACAAGCGAUAUCAUCGAAUAACUCGUAAAAACUCAGCCUAUUGGCAGAUAAACAUGCACCUCUGGACUUUUCUUUUACACUCGUCGUAUUCAAGUUUCCGGAUGUACAAUCACAUGGACAGCAGACCGGCCUAAACCUAAGUCUUGGCCUGGGUCAAAGUUCACCUGCAGUGUUGGUCUCACCUAAUAGGCCACUUCCGAGUUCCAAAAACCCUCACUUUCAAAAUGAGGCUAGGUGCACAACCUUUCUUGUGAAAAUGAGGUUUAUUGCAUGAGAAUGAAAAAUGAUUUCCAUAUCAAACGCUGAGCACCUACCCUUGUUUUGAAACAGAGGCCCGCGGGAACUCGGAAAUGGCCUAUUCAUUUGACUCCUAACAACCUGUUCCCGAGGCCAAAGAUCAUGAGAAUUGGUGGUCACCUUAGAAAAGCGAACAAUAUCAUACCUUUCUGUCUCAGCCUGGAUCUGAGUGAUUGAUCCGUUUAGCCAAAUGACUGCGAGAAUAAAAUACAAUAUCACAGGGUCCAGAGGAGAUGUGUUUGUCGUUAGAACAUCAAAACCCGUCGAAAACCUCUGAAAAAAUGGGUUAUUUUAAUCGCGUUACGGUUUCGUUACACAUUCUAUAGACCGCAAACCAAGAGACUGAGGGCCCGCAAGAUCGGCUUCCAGUAUAAAAUACGGAAAGGGAGGAAACAAAUUUGGGGCCGAUUUUCGAAUCCCUGAAACUCAAAUGGAAUUGAAUGAAAUCGCCUGAUUUUACUAACCUGAUCUAGAAUUCUUAUGUAUUUGCCAAAUACUGUAGGAAAACGGCAUAAGAAAGCGUUCAAAUUCAUUUUCGGCGACCGAAAUUUACGGCUUCUAGAGAGCGCUUUCGUUCGGUGUGCACCGCAACACAUGGUGACGGAAAUGACGUAGUAAAGUAAAUGUGUUCAAGAUCGGAGCAAUAAAAGGGAAGUCUACACGACUUUUGCCUCAUGCCAAAAUGCUGCUCUUUCCAAUAAAGUUUUUUUCCUCUGCUGGGUAGAUUAUGCUCUGGAAGGUUCUACAGUAAAUGUGAUUUUAGCGGGGAUUUUAGCCGCAUGUUUCACACUGAGAGGUCAUGACACAUAUCGAUUUACUGUGGUUAUUGUUUCUGGUCGGCAGGAUUUGCCCUCUAAUGCAAGCGCAUUUUCUUUGACCUCUUUUGAAGCGUAAAGCUUUUUAUUACGGCUGAACAAGGGUUCCAGUUUUCUCCAAAGUGCCUUCUGGAUCUGAAUAACUAAGCGAUUUUCUUUAGUCCGUGAAUAUAAUGUUUUUCUUUAAUACUGUAUCACGCUGGGCCCAGCUUGUUAGUUUUGUUUGAAGAAUGUUAAAUUAUUACGGAUAGUGAUUUACGGGUCGUGUGUACUCUUGCAAUAAAAAGUGACACUGAGUAGAGCGGGCGUACAAGGCAACUGUAAUAUAAUCACGACUGUGCCAUUCUUCCGUGGUCCAACUAUAUUACCUCUUGCGUCUUUGGCUGUGCGUUUUGCGACUACUGGGAAGCCUUCGCACAAGCAAAACCUGCUUAAGACAUCGAAGACUGUUGAAACGUACAACAAAUGUCCAGUCUUGAAAGAUCUUCACUUCAAUUAAAACUCUGUUGUUUUCGCAUAGAUCUCUGAGAUCUUUAAAACUCUCUCUGCAGCUGAUGUUUUGAUUCUCGAAUUAGCAGCGGUCUGUUGCUUUUGCGUUUCCGUUCUCAUUCCGACUUCCGUCACCGAGUGCUGCGGUUCACAUAGAACGAAGUCACGUGGUACAAGUUUCCUCCCUUGUCCUCUCUUUUACUCGGCACUUCGUGCCUCGGUCGCCCUCCGGGCGACGUGCCGUGCGCCAGCGAGGAUAUGGCUUGCGGUUAUUGAUUUUCAAAAGUCGAUCUGGGUCAGAUAAGAAGCGAAGAAAUCGUUUACAGUAGAUUUAUAAAGAUCCCAUUGGGCUAAUUAAUCGUGCUAAGCGACAGGUAUAGACAUUUUUCAAGGUUAGUAAUUUAUUUAUUCACACGAAACUCCUCUGGACCCUGUGCAAUAUUGGACGAUGCAGACUCUGCGAAUCGUAAUAACUUCGUCCCAUCUCAGAGCUUUACAUGAUGCUCUUCGGGAAACUUUUCUCAAAGCGUUCAGUAUCUAAAAGUGAACUGCUAAAGGGCACCGAAACCAGCUUUAGGCGCGCACUGAUUUUAAAUAACUGCCACUUGUGUUAAAGAGAGAAUUGUGGGUAGGGACAAAAAAACAUAGGGAGGGAGGGAGGAGGGAGGGGGGUGGGUAAAAUAGUAAUUCUGUCUACAUCCACUUCUACACAAAUCCCUAACCGCAAGACAAGCCAAAAAAACGACAUAAGCAAACAACACAACAAACAAGCUAUUAGACAGGGGAAGUUGAGAAAAAUUACAAAAUGUUUGCUAACCCGGUUUUCAUAUUUCCAGGUAGAUAUCUCAAUUGAAUAAGUGCCUAAAGUCCAAUUGUGUUGUUUGCAAAGCAAAAUUAAGUAGAAUCGAGUCAUUUUAAAAUUGCAAACACUUUUGAGGCAAUAGUUCUGGGUUUUGCGUGAGAUUUCAAUGUCGCAUAGUAGCCUUGUCAUCACUCUACAAUGCCUUAGAGCACAUGCGAAGAAUGUGAGGAUGAUUAUACCUAGAAAAGUGCUUUUUUCACCAAAUGAGCUCGCCGACAAAGAACAUACAUCUACGAGAGAAUCGUGAGAGACAUUUCACUGAUCUUUAAUGAAUUUAGAGUUGCUCCUUUGUGCUUUCUUUGCAAUUAUUAUGCCCAACAUAUUUCCGCCCCAGGGAGGAAUAGGCACGGCCUGGAACUGACUGAGCCUAGGUUUUAAAGAGAUUAUAAUUGUAACCAAAGCUUGUUUUUACAGAGCCUUCUCUAGAAUUUGACAACAACCAAAGAACAAACUCUUAUCACGACGAGCAGCUUGUUUCAGAAAUGUUCCGUUGUAGUGACUGUGUAAUGAAAGCUGAUGCUGCAUCAGGAAAUCCAACUAAGAUAUCCACGAAUACAGACUAUCAGUCUCCAAAUUGCCGUAAGCGUAAAAUGUCAGAAUUCUCUUGUAAUCCAGGUAUGCAAAACAUGACUUGUUUUUCUUGCUAUUGCUCAUCAGUACACUACUGUAUCUAAAGGGGGAAGUGAAUGUUAGAUUAUUCAAAGGUACGUUUUCCAACAGGACUUGUUACCGUUUACGCUUGUACCAUAAAGAAGUGUAUUAUUGAUGAUAGUAAAACUUAUAGUGCCGAUAUUAAUAGUCGCUUGAUAGUCGCCAUUUUCUUCAGAGGUUAUAAAAAAAAGAUUUUGAAUAAAUAGUAAAUAAAUAAAUUUAUAAAUAUACAAAAGAUUAAAAUAUAUCAAACACUAAAAUUAUAAAAAUUACUUUGGUUACUUUAACUGUGCAAACUGCAUAAAACCUACUAAAAGCGAGUAAUAAAAUUACAUCUUAUUAGAUACAUUGUAAGGGCUUUCUGGAAUGAAAUGUCUUGAGUGCCUUCUUAAAGAUGACAACUGACGGGCUUCUCCAUGUCGCAAAAAAAACAAAUGCCAAAGUUUGGGAGCAGCAAUCUACUAAAAGCGAGUAAUAAAAUUACAUCUUAUUAGAUACAUUGUAAGGGCUUUCUGGAAUGAAAUGUAUUGAGUGCCUUCUUAAAGAUGACAACUGACGGGCUUCUCCAUGUCGCAAAAAAAACAAAUGCCAAAGUUUGGGAGCAGCAACAACAAAAGAACGAUCUCCUAAUGUGGUUUAAGUCCUGUCUCCAUUAUGCCAUUUAACAUAUCUUAGUGACAAAUAUUUUCAAAAAUAAUAUCUGCGAACAGGUUUUGCAAUUUUGCAAAUUGUAUCUUUCAUUGAGUUGCUAUAAACGUUAACAUUCUAUUGACAUUCAAGUUUGCAGCUAAUAUUGUGAAUCUGUGAUAAUGCCCUAACUAAGUUGCCUUGUGGGGGCUCUUUGUGGAUGAGAUGAGGUUUUUAAACCUCUUUGGCUAUGGGUGAGGCGCCUGAGUAGACAUUCAAUAAUGAUGAGUACCUUGACGAGAGCCGUCUCUUAAAUUCAGGUACUUCAAGUCAGGAGAACGUAAUCAUUUUUUAAAGAAGCAGAUGUCCUCCAAUAUAGCUAGUCAUGAGGGUGCAUCUUCCCUGAGGAAGGAAACCUCUCACGUAACAGUAAAAAUUAUGUUAGCCACGUAAAUUUCUGUAAGUAGGUAAAUAAAUAAGUGUUCAGUUAUUGUGCAUACUGAAUGCUUUGCUAUAGUUUAAAACGUGUAACUUUCCUCUUAUUGAUUUUCAGACUCUGUUGUUACCACUGCCUUGAUCAAAGUUCUAAUUUCUUCGAAUACCCAAGAUUUAACUGUUGAACAACAAAGAAUAUUAAAUGAGGAAUUAGAACAGUUGGUUAAUAAGUAUCGAAGACACCAAGAUCUUUCGUCAUUGCCAUUUGAUACGAGUGUAGACCGCCUUACUAAGUUUAUCGAAAAGACUUUUGAAGCGAUCGUAAUGAUGGUGAAAUCAGGAUCUUUGAUAAUAACUGUGCAGUGCCCCACUCUGAAGAGUCUUGAAAGUCUGUGGAAUGGUUACUGUUCUGGUUACCUUAACGACAUCGUUGAAAGGUUCCUGGUGACUGAUGAACUCAAGAGAAAGCUCGGAAUGGACAAUGUCAGGAUGAAGACAACUAUAGAAGAAGAAAACUACUUAAUUUGUAAGAAAGCUUUCAUGGAAAACUCAGGU